CACGAUCAUGGAGAGUAAUAGGAGUCCCAGGAUCGUGAAUUACUUAGCCAGCUACCUUGUGCACGAGGAACUCUGGCUGGUGAUGGAGUACAUGGACGGAGGCACUCUGAGAGAUCUCAUCGAUGAGAUUCAAAUGUCUGAAGAAGAGAUUGCAGCUGUCAGUCGGGAGUGCCUGCAAGGACUGGAUUUUCUUCACUCCAACCACGUGAUCCAUCGAGAUGUCAAGAGCAACAACAUCCUUCUCAGAACCGACGGCUCUGUCAAGCUGGGUCAGUGUAUUCUUGCUCAGCUUCAGCCUUCCAGGAAUGGGGGGUGUGGGGCUGCUUUCAGUGACUGCCAGCUCCCCAAAAAUGCUGCUGCUGGCAGUGCAGGGGUCCCCCUUGCUGUGGGCUGAAGGCACAGUUGCAGGGUGCACACAGCUAUGACAAGGAACCACAAGCAGCCAAGAGUGCU